AAGGUUGAUUGCUGUACCUUGAAGAGUUCUCCUUUUUGUUUGUUGUUGCUUUUUUUGUUUUUGUUUUUGCCCCCGGUAAACAUCUCUGGGUGUAUAUCAAACGGCAAGAUGUCCAGUAAUGUCCCGGCAGAUAUGAUAAAUUUGCGCCUCAUCUUGGUAAGCGGGAAAACAAAAGAGUUCCUGUUUUCUCCUAAUGAUUCUGCUUCUGACAUUGCAAAGCAUGUGUAUGACAAUUGGCCAAUGGACUGGGAAGAAGAGCAGGUCAGCAGUCCAAAUAUUCUACGACUUAUUUAUCAAGGACGAUUUCUGCAUGGAAAUGUCACAUUAGGAGCAUUAAAACUUCCUUUUGGCAAAACAACGGUGAUGCAUUUGGUGGCCAGAGAGACGUUGCCAGAGCCCAAUUCUCAAGGUCAGAGGAAUCGUGAAAAGACUGGAGAGAGUAAUUGCUGUGUAAUCCUGUAAACACUGUCCGCUACGUGUGCUGUGAUGUAGUCUUUGUCUUUCAUGCUGCUGGGACGGAAGAGACCCAACAUUGCUUCAGAAUCCCUUAGGGAGAGUCUGCCUGUAAACACAUGGAACUGAAUGAUCUCAUGAACACUGUCAUCUUCUCGCAUCAGAGUAAAAAGAACCAAGAACAUUUUUCACUACGAAUUUUUAUUUCUAGUGUCUUUGUUUAUGUUGAGCAGUUUUAAAAUAUGUUGGUUUAUGAAUGCUGUCAAUCUCCGGGGGCAGAGUUAACAAGUUAUCUUCCCUAGCGGAAGCCAUUUUGCUGCCACAGAAACGUUCAUCACCAGAACUAACAAAUCAAUAUAGUUUGCACUAAAAAAGAUUGACAUUAUUUUCUUCAUCAGCAGAAUUUGCAACAUGGUUUAUGGCACCUAGAAAUUCUCAGAAAUACAAUAUUCCACACUGGAAAACACUCAGCAAUUAAUGGAGUUAAUUAGUGGGCCAGCUGGAGAGGGAGAAAUGGAAAAGAAACUGAAAUGUCGGGGGCGUUCUAUCAGAGUCAGCCCCGGUGGCUGCACUGGCACAGAACACACAACUGAGUGUGACUGUUUUCAUCGCAACACAUGGAAAAACAAAAUGUGCCUGCUGUUUAAAGCACUCAGCGGAGAGCUGAUGAAACAAAUUGCUUUUCCUUUCACACACGCACUCCUCAGUCACGCGGUCACCGAGUGCUUGUCCACGCAGCACAAAAGGAGUGCGAGUGCGCUUCCUAGCCUUAACGUGGGAGGGUCAAUGCCAUACUCGUAGACUUGCAUUGCCGCGCAGAGAUCAUAGAAAACCUCAUUUACUCAUCAGUUUCAUGUAUUUGAAGAUCAGCAAAUUGAAUUUUUCCAUAAUUAUUGCUCGUCUGUAACUGUGUCCAGUGUCACACUCACUCAUUAGAGUUCAAAUGAAUUCUUAAAAUUAAAAUAGUUCUCCAUAGUAACUAAUUUUGUUUCUUUAUGUAGUUUGCAUUUGGUAUUAGUGCUUGCAAUUGUAUUAAAAUCAAAAGCUGACUUUUAAGGCAUCCCACAUGAUUGAGGAUGCCAUUCUUUUGUUUUGUACCAAUAAUUUAAAAAUUGAUAUGCUAAACCAAUUUGCACAGCACUAAAGCAUGAGCUAGUUUCAUCUAAACCUGUAAAAAUAUAAAAGAUUUUAUAUUUUUUCACUGGGAAGAAAUUCUUCCUGGAUGAAAUUACAAAUAUGUGUAGAAUAUAUUUAAUAAAAAACUUAUAAAAUACCUAACUAUAGAACUUAAAUAUAGAUUGGCGUGUAGUAUAUAGAACAAUAUUCCAUAUAAAUAACUUUAGCCUUUAUAAAAACGAAGUUGCAGGCUGACAUUAUGUUCUGUACUUAAGUAAGUGUCCAUGACCCUUAAAAACAUUCAGUGUAAAUGGUUUCAAAAGGUCAGCUUUGUCUAAAGGUAAUCAGGUUAUUUUGUUCAUUGUCAAUGCUUUGAUGAAAAGGCUUUAUAUGCAGAAGAUCUACGAAAAUACUGUUCAUACUGAUCAGAAUUAAAUUUGUAUAGAGCAGAGUUUUAAAACGAAUGUAAAUAGCACCAAACAUUUUCUUUCUGCAACCUGUACUUAUAGAUUCUUUCUGUAAACUAAAAAAAAUAUAUAUAUAUAUCGUAGUGCAUUUCAGUGCUAAUUUUAAAGGUCUUGGUUAAGUCAAUUAUUGUUUAAACACCGUCUUAUCCAUGUUAAAAUUUGUUUUCUACUUUUGUUUCUGAAUCUUUAAGAAAUUUGUUUAAUAUUCUCUUGUUAGUUUCAGGAGUAUUCACAAUCUAUCUUUGAUAUUUAACCUGGUUAAUUUGCACACAGAGCAACAAUGGAUAGCAUUAUGCAGUCUCUGUUAUCACUAAAAUGUUGUAUUCGGAUGUUAAAUAUUUAUAUGCUUUGUUGACUAGCUCAAAUGUGAAUUCAGUUAGUGUUGACUAAAGAGGAAACUGAUAGUUACUUAAUUGGGCAAUUAAGCCAUUUAUGGCUCUAUUCUUCUUUUGUAAAACAAACUACUGGUAAUUAUUUUUAAUACCUAUUUUAAUUCUAAUUACUCUUCUGUCUUUCCAAAGUUAAAGACUAUUAGUUAAUUAUGAUUGAAUUUUUAUGAUGGUUUAAAAAUAAUUAUCUUUUAGUUUUCAAUAUAUUUUUCUGUGUGUUCUCAUGUUAUAAAUUUCCCUUUUACAAGACCUCAAUUUAAAGUUUGCAAAAUGGAUAAACCGGUUCAUUAGUAGAGAAGGAAUUAUGUCGCUUAAUUCCUGAUGACAUUAACAUUGUUGUGCAAAAUGGAGAACAAAAUAAAAUAGCAGUAAAAUUAUAUACUGAAAACACCAAAAAUUUAGAUGCCUUAAUAGUAUAUCCAUGAAAAUACUCAACUAUCCCUUUGAAAAUAGUUCCUUGGACUGCCUGAGGUUAAAAUAUGAUUAAUCAUAUCCAAGGCUACUAUUUGAAGAUCCCUCUGCCAAAAAUAACAGCUCACUUACCGAGAGGUAAAGGCUACAUAGAUCCGUAAUGUAAAUAAAGCCUGAAUUAUGGGCCUGUGACCCUGCCCAGUGCUUGGUAUCUAACUCACCUCUUUUACCUAAAUUAUCCUAGACUUUGUUAAGUGUUCUGGACAAGGCAAAGCUUUUCUUCUUUAUUAAAACCUCAGCAUGUCUCCUUGAUCUGAAUUAUUUGCUUUCUGUUCAAGAUAGGUUGUAUCUUAUCCUAUCAUGAAAAAUAGAGUAUCUAACAUCGUCAGUCACAUUAAAUGAGGUUUUCUCAUAACAAACAUUUAUCCUUAGUUUUAUGUCAUCUUGACCAAUGUUGCAGUAAUUUCUGUUAGCUGAUUGUGGUAAACAAUGUUUAAUGUGAAAACAAAUUAAAACUUUCUUCAUCUGUUGUAGAA